GGUAUGACACCUCUACCUCUCCAGUUGGAUAAACGAAACUGAUACUGUCACAUGUGAAGUGAAGUGACAUUUCAAGAAACAUUCGCACGUCAAAUCUUUUUGUUUCGGCCAUUUUCGCCGAAAGUUUGGUAUACGAUUUAGGUCACGUAUCUUUUCGUGGCCUUUAAAUCGCUGAAUUAAUAACUGUUCAAGAUGGUGCAGAAGAAGCCUAAGAAGAAGGUAGGGAAGAAAGUAGCCGCCGCCCCAUUGGUGGUCAAAAAGGUUGAGCCCAAGAAGAUCGUGAAUCCUCUCUUCGAGAAGAGGCCAAAGAACUUUGCUAUUGGUCAGGGCAUUCAGCCAACUCGUGACUUGUCCAGAUUUGUAAGAUGGCCCAAGUAUAUCCGCAUCCAGCGCCAGAAGGCUGUACUUCAGCGUCGUCUGAAAGUGCCCCCUCCGAUCAACCAAUUUACCCAGACACUGGACAAGACUACAGCUAAGGGCCUUUUCAAGAUUUUGGAGAAAUACAGGCCUGAGACUGAAGCAGCCAGGAAAGAGAGGCUGAGGAAAGCUGCUGAAGCUAAGGUUGCCAAGAAAGAUGAGCCUCCACCAAAGAGGCCCAACACCAUCCGAUCCGGCACAAACACAGUCACCAAGCUGGUCGAGAAGAAGAAGGCGCAGCUUGUGGUCAUCGCUCAUGAUGUUGAUCCUAUUGAGCUGGUUCUCUUCCUGCCAGCGUUAUGCCGUAAAAUGGGUGUACCAUACUGCAUUGUCAAGGGCAAGUCCCGCCUCGGUGCACUUGUACACCGCAAGACAUGCACAUGCUUAGCUCUAACAAAUGUAAGUCAAAUAAUUAUUUCAAAAACAACUGCCAUAAUUGAAACUGUUGUUUUAGAAUUAGUUCUGUGGGAAAUGUUUUGAAAAUGCUUAUCUGCUUCACAGUAAAGCAACCUUCACGUUCAUAUCAAUAAAAAUAAAAAAAACCUGGUGUGUUGCUGUUUAUCCAUUUAAGCAAUUUAAAAAAAAUUAUAAUGAUUUUUUAAAAGACUCACUUUCACAACCAUUAGAUGGAAAGGAAUCAAGAAAGCUAGCAGAUAGGUUGAAAAUAAGUGAAAGAACUUUGUUUUAUUAAUAUGCUUUUAUUAGCUUCAGACGUAUUUAUGUAAUGGAAUCUUUGAACAUGAUUUUACACUUUUUAAUUCUAAUUUAUAAAAAAAUAUUUUCUAUUUUUUAGUGGGUUUUCUAUAAAAGCGUAUUUUGUUAGUUUUUUUACCAUUUUUUUAAUUUACGUUUAGAAGUGUUUCCUUGAUAUCACUAGACUAGACUAGAUUCUAAUAUAGCUAUAGUGUUAUAGGGUUAUAGGUAAUAUAGGGUAUAAAAAUGUGUUAUUAGUGUUGAGUUAUAAAUAUUUGUCAUGUUGAAUCUGGGUGGGCAACUUAGACAAAUUAACUGAUUUCUCUAUGAAUACAUAUUAAUGGCAUAUAAUGAUGAUUUAUUUGCUAUCUGAGAGCCAUGAUGUCAAUCCAUCUACCACCAAUAGAUUUUUCUGAAUAUGCCUUAGCCGUUAGCCACAAGGUAUUCACUCUUCAACUUAUACACUGUAUACUGAUAUGUGGAUUUUCGUUUAGGUGGAGUCUGGUGACCGCGCCUCCUUCUCGAAGGUCGUGGAAGCCAUCAAGACGAACUUCAACGAGCGCUACGAGGAGCUCCGCAAGCACUGGGGCGGCGGCGUCCUCGGCAACAAGUCCAACGCCCGCAUCGCUAAACUAGAGAAAGCUAAGGCGCGCGAGUUAGCGCAGAAACAGGGCUGAGCUGAAUAAAGUUUAAGAUUUAAAA